GAGGAAUGCUUAAACCAGCUGAAAGUGGUGUUGUUAUUGGGUGCGUGUGUUGAAUACCAGUUAUUGGAGUAACAGGAGCAUUGACUCACAAACCUUUCUGAUGUGAGGUCGUCAGGUUGAGGAGGCUUCACAUCAUGCCUCUCGUGGAUUAUCCAACUUUGGCUUCUUUUUGUUUUUUUACCCGACAGCCAUCGAUCUUUCUCACAGUCAACUAUGUGCCUAGAGCACUUCUUUUGUAACUAGGCCACCAACUAUUUCAGAUACUGUCAGAGAAGUGUGAAGGUUGCGUUUUUAACCGGUGAAGAGGGAAAGUAUUUGAGGUCAUGAGGGACUCAGAAAAGGUCUGCUGGAGCAUAGUGGAGUGUGCCUGCAGGAUCCUUGGUGUUUCUACAGCAACAGUGUUGUGCGCUGUGGGAGUGGAGACCCUGAAACAGGGGGACUUCAGCAGCCUCGGCAUCUACCUCGUCGUGUCAUCGGUUGGCAUCAUGAUGUUUGAGCUGGCCUAUUUCCUGGACACACUUCUACUCAUGUGUCUGCCCUGUCCUCCAGACUGGCAGCUGUUUCUGUUGUGGGGGAAGAUGGCUCGCAUCGGAGGCUUCCAUAAAUUCCUCUACUACUCCAUAAUGUCCGUGGUCUGCUUCUUGCACCCUGUGUUGGUGUGGCAUGCAAUCAUCCCAGGGACAAUGCUACUGGUGACUGCCUUUUUUAACUUUAUACUAAGCAAGAAAACAAAGAUUGAAUCCCCCAAAAGACACCAAGGCCUGACCACUGUGUGCGUGGCAGAAGGCGCCGCCUCAAACGACGCAGUCUCGUUCCUCCACGCGGGGACGGGAAGGAGAGGGGCGGGACGGGCCCUCGCAGCCAGAGACCGCUGUCCCGGUCCGGGAGAGAGAGGAGAGAGCGUCCGAACCACGCUGGAGCUGGAGCAGACAACGGCACCCAAAGGCACAGACAGAGACGGGAGCAGAUGGAAAGAGAGGAGACCGUUCUGCCUGAGAGGAAGGGAGGAGCCUGUGGGGAGAGAGAUAGAAGACAUGGACAGUUACUGCGAGCCAGAGGCAGACACCACCUCAGACACUGCGCCUAUGAUUACUGACUGACUGACUGAGCUGAUAUCACACAAAGGAAAGCAGGUGUAAUGUGUUUAUACCGAGUGCAACUAGCCGGUGCUCCACUGUGGUGGAUGUUUGUCUGCAAAUAAUUUUAUCAAACGUCCAA